ACAUGUCGUGGUCUGUAGUUGAGUUUACUACCGACAAUUCAAUGUAUGUUGUACCAUCUUUUUGGUUAAAACAAGAUGAGUGUGCUUGGCCAACACAAAAUGUAUCCAAAUUUAUUACUCGACGCAAGCAGCCGAAUGAAAUAGAAUUCAUUUAUCUAGACGCAAAACAAAUUGGUAAAGCAUUAGACUCAUAUGAAGAUGCAAAAGGUCAAUUGUCCAUAGCAGAAUUUACAUCAGAUAUGUCAUCAAGUGAAAAUAAGAAGAGUAGAAAAGUCCGAAGAAAGAGGCCUUGUGAUUCGGAUGUUGAUAGUAUAAUAGUGAAACACAAAAAAAAAGUAUUGCCGAAAUCUGUAAAAGAGAAGAGUUCUAAUAACUUAUGGAAUGUAUUAUCCACUGAUGGAUCAUCAAGCGAAGAUGAUGAAAUUGCAAUUGAGAAAGGAGACCACGCUUUAAAGACAUUGUUACCAAACUGUGCCCACACAUCAAUUAGUUCAUCAAUUACAGAGGUCACCAUUCCUGCAGUCGAUAAACAUUUAGUUCAUGAAAAGAGCUUUAAUUCAUUAAAUAUAUUAUCUGCUAGUUUCGACGAAUCUAUAAUAGUUGACCCUACUAAUGUCAAUGAAAAUGAAAAAGUCAAAUCACAAAAUGUGUUAAGUCAAGAUUUUGAUAUAUUUUUAGCGGAUGAUUUUCAAAGUACUGUUUUAAGCUACCUUGCCAAAAUAAGUGUUGAUAUAGGAGACAUCAACAAAACAUUAAACAGUCAUGAAGAUAUUCUAAAUACUUCAUCUUUUGGAAAUAGAACCAACGAAAGUUCCUCUUCUGAUAUUAACCAGUAA